GCACGAAAGCGAGGGACUUUCUCUCUCCUCCGCCUUCUCCUCCCACUCCUUCGUAUAUUGGAACGUCCAUUGUUAGUGGGGAGGAAGGACUCACACUCGCCAUUUUGGGGACGAAUUUCGGGUCAAGAAAUGUUUUGAAUCUACCCCCAAAAUGUGUCUUUCUUGAUCGAGUUUGGGUCCAACCUAUUCCCCCCCAAUUCAAAGGCGAGCCUAGGCCUUUCAUCUUGCCCUCAAGCUCCUGUAUGGGCGGAGAUCAAGCCCAAGUUAUACCGGUCAUGUGAUUCGAGAAGCUCGGCCAUUCCAACCAAGAACAUGGCGUCGUUUGUCUAUUCCGUGAAGGAUUUCGUGACCUCCAAGAUCACGCCUGAUUGUCUCAAAGCCUCUGCUGAGGAGCUGAAGACCUUUGCGAAAUCGAAAACGGGUGGGGGAAACCCUGAUCCAACCGCGCUGGAUCCUGAUGAUCCACGGAACCGAGGCAAGAUCACCGAAUGGGAAGCAGGAUGGAAUGUGACCAAUGCCAUUCAGGGUAUGUUCAUUGUCUCCUUACCUUACGGGGUGAUGCACGGCGGCUAUUGGGCGAUAUUGGCUAUGGUGGGGAUCGCCCAUAUUUGCUGCCACACUGGUAAGAUCCUGGUUGAGUGUCUCUAUGAGAAGAAUGACGAGGGCGAGCUCGAGAAGGUCCGGUUCAGCUACAACGACAUUGCUAAGGAAUGCUUUGGAAAGCAGUAUGGCGGGAAGAUCGUCAAUGCGGCUCAACUGAUCGAAUUGCUCAUGACCUGCAUCCUGUACGUGGUGCUUUGCGGGGAUCUUCUCAUGGGAGCGUUCCCCAAUGGCAUCAUCGACACUCGUUCUUACAUGAUGAUCUGUGGAGCUAUUCUCCUUCCAACGGCCUUCCUUAAGAACCUCCGGAACGUGUCCAGCUUAAGUUUCUAUAACGGGAUCGUCCACACGGUGAUCAACGCCGUCAUCAUCGGCUAUUGUCUGACCCAGGCACACAAGUGGGCCUUCUCCAAGGUCACCUUCCAAAUCAACAUCUUAUCGUUUCCCAUUGCCCUGGGCGUGAUCGUGUUCAGCUACACCUCGCAAAUCUUCUUGCCCACUUUGGAGGGAAGCAUGAUUGACAAGUCCAAGUUCCAUUGCAUGCUGAACUGGUCCCACAUAGCGGCUGCCGUGUUCAAGGCUUUGUUUGGCUACAUCGGUUUUCUAACCUGGCAAGAGGAUACCCAAGAGGAAGUGGUCAAUAACUUGGACCAAACCCUGAAAACCAUCGUCAAUAUCAUCCUGGUGGUGAAGGCUUUGCUCUCCUACCCAUUGCCCUACUACGCUGCUUGCGAACUCGUUGAAACGGAGAUGUUCCAGGGCAAACCUGAGACCAUGUUCCCCACUAUUUGGGCUUUAGACGGCGAGCUCAAGCUUUGGGGAUUGGGCUUCCGAGUGAUGAUGGUGGUGGUCACCAUUGUGUUUGCCGUAGUGAUCCCGCAUUUCACCAUCUUGAUGGGCUUCAUCGGCAGUUUCACGGGAUGUUUCCUCUCGUUCAUCUGGCCGAGCUUUUUCCAUUUGAAGCUACGUCGGCACGUCAUGAGUUGGUCCACCUUGGUUUACGAUAUGUUCAUCAUCUUCUUGGGGGUUGGCUUUGGCCUCUGUGGCAUGUACUACUCGGGGCGGGCUAUGCAGCGGGCCUUCGAGUUGGGCGUGCCUGUUUGAGCGGGUAAGUGCGCGAUUUGCCUCUUCCACCGUUCCUCGCCAUACCUAUUUUCCCUCGUGAUCUAGUGAACACGUUCGAUCUCAACGGAUUUCAAAUCUUAGCUGUAUGUAAGUUGUAACCCAUGUCUUCCAGAAAAAAAAUCGAUACAUUCCAGUCUUCCACUAAUCCACAUGUUGAAUCUUUGAAAGCGCCUUUAUGUACGCGUUCUUGUUGAUACUUCAUAAAUAAGAAAUAAACACGUUUUUUUCCA